CGGUUUUCCUUAGUUGGACCAACCUGAUUUCGUUAAGGCCUAUAAAAUAGGCGCAGGGUAAUGAAAAUUAACUUCAGAAUCACGCCCGCAAUUUCUUACCUUACGAACUGAUCAACAAAUUUCUCGUUCCCCCCUUUCUUCUGAAUACCCUUCAUCUCCUCCACCAAGCAAUCCUCUGCUGAGAACUGAACACCGUUUCAAUUUUUGUCAAUAGAAAAAGCAAAGAAAAGAAAUGGAAGGAAACAACAACUCGUACGGUACAUCAUGGGCAGACCAAUGGGACUACAACGACGCACCCCCUGCAGCCAGCACUGUGAAUAAGAAGAAGAGCAGCAACGGUGGCACAAGCGCAAAGUACAAGCAGAAGUUAGGAGAAGGGCUUGGAAAGACAAAAGCGGUGGCUUCAACUGGGGUGAAGAAGGUCAAAGAAGGAACCUCUUUGGGAAUUCAAUGGAUCAAAGACAAGUAUCAGAAAACUACCCAGAAGCACUAGGAUUCUCUUCUCUACCACCGGACAUAAAUAGAUCAUAUACCAUGUUGAAGCUUUGUUUAUUAUCUUUUGUUGUUUGUAUUCUUCAUCUUACUCACCAUCAUGACUCAUUCCUUUAUUGCUUUGUUUUAAUGUAAAAAAAUAUAAAGGCCGCAGGGUUUGUUGUAUUUGAGAUCUGUAUGGUAUAUUAUGACUAGGAUUUUCUGAAACUUUAAUAUC